CUCUUAUCCCUUCAACGGCUUAACCUAUUUGGUUGGGCCCCCCUCUAUGAUUGUUCCUUGCAACCCUUAAUCAUCUUUUCUUCUUCAAGAAUUUAUUUCUCCUUUUCAGUUCAAGCUCUUUGCUUUCCAGAUUCUCCUCCUAUCUGUAAGCCCCAUGUGUAUACUAAUUGCUGCACAUGUUUAUAUAUAAAGUUCUGUUCUUUACUCUCAAUAAUCAAAGGUUUUUCUUGGAUCUGAUAACUUUAGCCCCAAAAGUUUCAACCUUUAUCUGUCAACAUUUGUUAUGACCCAUUAGAGUUAUUAUAUCUGUUGUUCGAUUCCAGUUUCUUGCGAGUUUUGUUAAUGGGGUUCUCUGAUUCAGAAGUUAAGUUUGGUCAACAAGAACUGAUACAUGCUGUUGUACCAUUGUUGAAGUUAUUGUGUCUUGCUGUUAUUGGUACACUUCUUGCACACCCAAAAACUCAAAUUGUCCCAAAAUCCACUUUCAAGCUUCUUAGCAAACUUGUUUUUGCACUGUUUUUGCCCUGCACUAUCUUUUUUCAUUUGGGUCAAUCAAUUUCUGUUCAGAAUCUAGCUUUAUGGUGGUUUAUACCUGUGAAUGUCAUCAUCAGCACUGUAAUUGGCUGCCUUUUGGGGCUUCUGGUGGCGGUUAUUUGUCGGCCGCCACCGGAGUUUUUCAGGUUCACCGUUAUUGUUACCGGUUUUGGGAACACGGGUAAUCUUAUGUUAGCGAUUGUCGGGUCGAUUUGUCACAAUGCCAAUAAUUCGUUUAGCCCGAAUUGCCAUACGACGGGUACUGCUUACGUGUCGUUAGCGCAAUGGGUAUCGGUGCUUCUUGUUUAUACUUUGGUUUACCAUAUGAUGGAGCCACCAUUGGAGUAUUAUGAAGUUGUGGAAGACGAGGGGGAGAUUGAGAUCGUUCACGAGGAUUUACUUGUGAACAAUCUCAGUAGGCCACUUCUGCAUGAAGCAGAGUGGCCUGGUAUGGAAGACCAAGCGACCGAGCAUUGCAAAACACCGUUUAUUGCACGGGUUUUUGCUAAUGUCUCGGAUUUCUCACAGUCUUCCAUACCAGACCCUGAUUCACUACAAGACGUGCACGAGCGUGAGCACCCGCAAAGCCCUAAAUCAAUAAGGUGCUUAGCGGAGCCACGGAUGGUUCGAAAGAUGCGAAUUGUAGCUGAGCAAACCCCGGUUCGACACAUUCUUCAGCCACCGACGGUCGCUACUUUUCUAGCUUUAAUUAUAGGAAUGGUUCCGUCUUUAAAAUCUAUCGUUUACGGUGAUGACGCCCCACUAUCGUUCUUGACGGAUAGUCUAGACAUAAUGGCUGGCGCUAUGGUGCCUUCGGUUAUGUUGGUUCUUGGAGGAAUGUUAGCCGAGGGUCCUAACGAAUCCCGACUGGGGAUACGAACCACAGUCGGGAUUCUGGUUGCGCGACUCUUGAUUCUUCCUAUGCUUGGAAUCGGGGUCGUGUUUGCAGCCGACAGACUAAGUUUGCUUAUCGAAGGCGAUAAGAUGUUUCGGUUUGUGCUUUUGUUGCAGUACACAACACCGAGUGCGAUCUUGUUUGGUGCAAUCGCUAGUUUGAGGGGUUAUGCGGUUAGUGAAGCGUCGGCACUCCUGUUUUGGCAACAUGUUUUCGCCUUGUUUUCUCUUUCGAUGUAUUCCAUCAUCUACAUUAAGUUGUUGCUAACAUAUAUAUAAGUAUGAUCCUUCAAUUGUUUCUGAAGAACUUGUACUAUAUCUUUGACUUUUAAUGUUAACUGUGAACUGUUAACAUGUUAUUCUGCAGAAGGAUUUGAUUUC